ACGAUGACACCAACUAUUGCGGUAUAUCCACACACCGGUAGCUACAAUAGAAUAUUAAGCUGGUUGGCAUGAAGACGUCACGUCAAUAGCAUAAUAGCAUGAAAGAAAGGAAAGGAUGGUGGGAGUGGUUUCGAAGAAGAAGCGAAAGGAUCUUUUGGUAUCGAGUAGCAGGGCCGGUCGUGACAGAGCUUGUACAUGGCUUUCACUGGCACUGAUUCUGACUGCAUUUGCCAUUCGAGUCUUUGUCUUGGAACCUGCCAAAGGAACUACAAGUGCUUUUGAUGUUACUAGCAAACAGUGGAAAUCCGCAGAAGACAUUAAUGACGAUACGGAUGACACGGUGGUUCUUCCCAAGCCAGAACGGCAAUUUCUUGCCACGGAUCCUACGGGUCUCAUGGCCAAUGACAUUGUUUCCGUGGAACAUGUACCAGAGGACGCUAUUUUUGUCGUUACACUGAAUCGCAAUGGAAGAUGUCCCACUCCCUAUCUGAGAGGACGGCUGUCAGGUCCUGCUCUGGUUUUAAUAGAUGAUUGGGUAACAACUACCGCUAAGAACAAAAAUCCGCAACAUUCCACCACAUUGGUGGGCCACUACCAUCAAGUACCCGUCACGGGACUCUACUUUGUCGAGAUUAUUGUCAUCAUGUGCCACGACUUUUCCAACGACGACAACUUUGACUUUCAACAAACGUGCGUCGAAGAUCCACUCCACAAUCAUCGACUCCUCAAAUCCAAUGUCAAGGUGGUCAUUGAAACAACAAUAAAGACAACAACAACCACGUCGUCACUAUUACACAACAACAAUAAACACCGUCCUACCAUGGGAUAUUGGAUGCAUCAGACCGAUGAACGAGUCGCCGAACAAGACUUUACACCCGUAUUGACACGCUUUCAACCACGGGGGUGUCUGCGCAUCGAUGAUCCCUCCCAUUCCGAUUUCUUUCAUCCACCCAAACAUUGUGUCGAACCCACCAACUUGCAUCGAUUCGAACCCUACACCCAAAACUUUCAAUACACACAAUUUGCUGCUCGAACAACAACAACUACAACAGCCUGGUGGGAAGGCCCUCAUAAGAUCCGCGCCGUACAACCCACCACACUCUGCUUAGUCGGCGGCAGUCAUUCACGAACACUCAAGGCCAGUUUGGUGCAACAUUUCAACUUUACCAUGGCCCGCAACAAUCUACAAGUUGAAUGGAUCAAGGCCAAUUUGCCACGAGACGUCAACAACAAGACCAUUGUCCACAAAAUAGUGGGACGUUGUGACAGUAUUCUCUUUGCCGUGGGACAAUGGUCUGCCAGUUUUAGUGGAAACAAGCCAGCAUUGUUUCGCGACUACAACCUGCAGAUUCGAAAACUCUUGAACCGGUUGCAGGUGCAUACUACUAGUACAACCACGGGCAGUGUCCAAAUCUGGGCACGAUCCAUUCAUGACAAUCCACUCAACGAACGGAUUGCCGGAUACUGUCCUCCCAAAGAUUGGAGGUCUCCGACCGUCUUGGCGGGGUACAAUCGCAUCAUCAAAAAGGCAUGUCAGGAUUACGGUGUGCGAUUUGUGAGCAGUCAGUUCAUUGUCGGGCCGCUCUGGGAUGCGUCGUCGGAUUGGGGACACGUCUUGCCAUUGGCAUCGCAUGUCGAAGCGCUCUAUCUUGUGGCAGUGGUGCUGGGAUUGGUGGAACCCAAUACGGGGUAA